GGCCGGUGGCCGGGUCCGGCGCGCGCCGCCUCUUCCGCCGCCGUCCCCGCGAUCUGGGACCCAGAUCUAGCUCUAGCUCCAGUCCCAGCCCCAGCCCCAGCCCCAGCCCCAGCCCCAGCCCCAGCCCCAGCCCCAGGCCUGGCAGCCCCGGCAUCGCUUCGGAGCGCGGCGGCAGCUGACUGCGCGUUCACGACCCGCUGGGAGCCGCGAGCCCCGCCGCCGUUAUGAACAUCCGCAAUGCGAGGCCAGAGGACCUGAUGAACAUGCAGCACUGCAACCUCCUGUGCCUGCCCGAGAACUACCAGAUGAAAUAUUAUUUCUACCAUGGCCUUUCCUGGCCCCAGCUCUCUUACAUCGCUGAGGAUGAGAAUGGAAAGAUUGUGGGGUAUGUCCUGGCCAAAAUGGAAGAGGACCCGGAUGACGUGCCCCAUGGACACAUCACCUCGCUGGCUGUGAAGCGUUCCCACCGGCGCCUCGGCCUGGCUCAGAAGCUGAUGGACCAGGCCUCCCGAGCCAUGAUCGAGAACUUCAACGCCAAAUAUGUCUCCCUGCAUGUCAGGAAGAGUAACCGGGCCGCCCUGCACCUCUAUUCCAACACCCUCAACUUUCAGAUCAGCGAAGUGGAGCCCAAAUACUACGCAGAUGGGGAAGACGCGUAUGCGAUGAAGCGGGAUCUCACCCAGAUGGCCGACGAGCUGAGGCGGCACCUGGAGCUGAAGGAGAAGGCCAGGCACGUGGUGCUGGGCUCCAUCGAGAACAAGGUGGAGGGCAAGGGCAACUCGCUUCCGAGCUCGGGAGAGGCCUGUCGGGAGGAAAAGGGCCUGGCUGCGGAGGAUAGCGGUGGAGACAGCAAAGACCUCAGUGAGGUCAGCGAGACCACAGAGAGCACCGAUGUCAAGGACAGCUCAGAGGCCUCUGACUCAGCCUCCUAGAGCCUGCACAUGCUCCUCUCCCUGCCCUGGCCUGCCCAUCCCAUCCUCACCCCGAGAGGUUUCACAAUAAACUUCACCCAGUGGCCUUGGGGAGUUUA